CCUCGGGGGGCCCAGGCGCCCGUCCGCGGACCCCGGGCGCUUCCCCAGCAGCUCCCGGGACCGUCGCCGCCACUCGGGGGGCCCGGCGGCCGCAGGGACAACCCAACGCCGGGGCUCCGGCCCGGGAGCUGCUGCAGCAUAGGCGCCCGGAGCCGCAGGUGGUUUGACAGUUACCAGACUAUGUUUACCCUGCUGGUUCUGCUCAGCCAACUGCCCCCAGCUAGCUUCGCGUUUCCUCAUUGCACAAGAAGUCCCAAGGAGUCCAGGCAUGCGGGAGAAGAAGUCUUCACAGCAAAAGAAGAAGCAAACCUUUUCAUACAUAGACACCUGCUAUAUAAUAGAUUUGAUUUGGAGCUCUUCACGCCCGGUGACCUAGAAAGAGAGUGCGAAGAAGAACUUUGCAAUUAUGAAGAAGCCAGAGAGAUUUUUGUGGAUGAAGAUAAAACGAUGGCAUUCUGGCAGAAAUAUUCCAUCAAAGGACCAACCACAAAAUCAGAUGCCAACAGAGAGAAAAUUGAUGUCAUGGGCCUUCUGACUGGAUUAAUUGCUGCUGGAGUAUUUUUGGUUAUUUUUGGAUUACUUGGUUACUAUCUUUGUAUCACCAAGUGUAACAGGCAACAAUAUCCCAGUUCUUCAGCUACCUAUGUAAGAAGGCACACUCCCUCCAUCAUUUUCAGAAGACCUGAGGAGGCUGCCUUGAAUCCAUCACCACUUUCAGUGGAGGACACGGGAUUACCCUCCUAUGAACAGGCAAUGGCACUCACCAGAAAACACAAUGUUUCCCCGCCACCACCAUACCCUGGGCCAGCAAAAGAGUUUAGAGUGUUUAAAAAGUCUAUGUCACUCCCAUCUCACUAGGCCCACCAUGGUGGUAUGGGAGAUUCAUGUUAUUUGAAUGGUUCAUUUUUCCAUGAACCACAGAGACAUGUCAUUUCAGCCAUUUAUGACAAACUGCAAGGAGUGAAGAAAGAAUAAGCACCACAGCAGUUCUGUUGGUAUGUAUCUUGGAUCUGAACUUGAUCAUUAUCAGCUUGAUAAGAAACUUUACCCUUGCAGUAAAGAAGAGACCACUUUUUUGUUUAUUUUAAUGGUGCAGAAAAUCUGUGUUACAGAUGCCAUAGCUAGAACUGGUGAACUAUCUUUUGUACAAAUAAAGGUUGCAGAUUUCUCGUGUUGAAUAUAAAAAAAGAAUUUCUGAUCAUCAGAUUAUCCAAGGUCAGGAUAGUGGACCCACUCUUUAUUUCUUUUUGAUUGGAAAUACUUCACAAAAUUGGACACUUCAAUAUAAACUGGUGGCCUUAAUAUAAUCACUUGGUUUUACAUUUUAAAUUAUUGCAUAGCAUUCACCACAUUUUGUAGGUUUUAGUUGUUAACAAUUACUAUCACUCAUGUUUUGUUAUGGAGUGGAGUAAGUAAUUUUUAAAAAUCACUUGAUGCAGAGUUAGGUCUUCAGAAGGUACAGAGUUGCAAUGGCAAGGAUUUGCAAGGGUUGUUAUACUAUCAAAUACAUAGUCUUCAAAUCUAGGAGUGACUAGAACUUGAUAAAGUUGCCCAUGCUACUGAUGAGUAGACACAUCCUUUGUCAUUGCUAAAUUAUCUAUAUAUAACUACAUGUAAUUCUUUAUCUUGAAACUCUGUUGAUGUUUAUAAAUAAUAGUUCAAGAACCUAGAAAAAAUUAGUUUACUUUUCUGCUAUUAAAAUAAUACUAACUAAAGUUAUCAGCAACACAAAACACCAUAAGUAAUAAUUUGAACGUAUACUUUGUCUCUUCUUCUAAUUGUAUAUAUGACCAGUCCUCCUUAACAAUGUAAUAGAAUAUAAGCUAUAAACCUCUGGAGUGAGUAUGUUUGCACACAUUUAUGUGAAUGGGUGUGGAUGUGGAUGUGGAUUUGUUUUCUCUUUGCAGGAACUCAAGAAAUAACAUAUGCCUGAGAAAUAAGAGAAAAUUCUGUUCUUUUUGUUUUGAUAGGCAUUAUAUUUUCCUAUUAUUUAAGACCGUUUGUAAAAUUGUAUUUUCUUUUAUAAUUUUUACGGAAGUGAGACUAAAACCCACACGUAUUUGGUAAUUCUUUCCAAUUAAAUGUUUAGAAAGCAUAA